CGGGCUCUGGGGGAGGCUGCGGGAGCUGAGCGCUGCCGGGAGGACUGCAGGUGCGGAAGAACGGACUGACAGACCGACUGAGGCCAUGGCCGCGGGCGGCGUGGGACUAGGCAGCCUCCUGGCGGGUCUGGCCUUCCUGUUCACAGGGACCGAAGGCUUUAAUGCAGAGCAUCGCCUGUUUGACCGGCUAUUUGAGGACUAUAACGAGAUCAUACGGCCUGUGGCCAAUGUGUCUGACCCAGUCAUCAUCCAUUUUGAGGUGUCCAUGUCCCAGCUGGUCAAAGUGGAUGAAGUCAACCAGAUUAUGGAAACCAACCUCUGGCUGAAACACAUUUGGAAUGACUACAAGCUGAAGUGGAAUCCUGCUGAUUAUGAAGGGGUCGAGUUCAUGCGUGUGCCCUCUCAGAAAAUAUGGAAGCCUGACAUUGUGCUAUAUAAUAACGCAGUUGGGGAUUUCCAGGUUGAUGACAAGACCAAGGCCCUGUUGAAAUACACAGGAGAAGUCACCUGGAUCCCUCCCGCCAUCUUUAAGAGUUCAUGCAAAAUUGACGUGACUUACUUCCCAUUUGACUACCAAAAUUGCACCAUGAAGUUUGGCUCCUGGUCCUACGAUAAAGCUAAAAUUGACUUGGUUAUGAUCGGCUCCUCUAUGAACCUCAAGGACUACUGGGAAAGUGGCGAAUGGGCCAUCAUCAAUGCCCCUGGAUACAAACAUGAUAUCAAGUACAAUUGUUGUGAAGAGAUUUACAUUGACAUCACCUACUCCCUCUACAUUAGGCGCCUGCCCUUGUUUUAUACCAUCAACCUGAUCAUUCCCUGCCUCCUGAUUUCUUUUCUGACCGUGCUGGUGUUCUAUCUGCCUUCUGACUGUGGGGAGAAAGUGACCCUCUGUAUCUCAGUCCUCUUGUCCUUGACCGUGUUCCUCUUGGUGAUCACCGAAACCAUCCCCUCCACGUCGCUGGUCAUCCCCCUGAUCGGAGAGUACCUCCUGUUUACCAUGAUUUUUGUCACCCUGUCCAUCGUCAUCACGGUCUUCGUUCUCAACGUACACUACCGCACACCCAAGACUCAUACGAUGCCCCAGUGGGUGAAAACCAUUUUCCUAGACUGGCUGCCCAAAAUCAUGUUCAUGGCCAGGCCCGCGAGCAGCAGCGAAGAGGCUUCCCAGAGGUCCAGGCCCUUCUCUGGCGCCGAGCUCUCCAACCUCAACUGCUUCAGGGGUUCGGAGACAAAAUGCUGCAAAGGGGGCUCGGCUUGCCAAGAUGGGACGUGUGGCGUCUGCCGCCACCAGAGGCUCAAGCUCUCCAAUCUGAGCACCAACCUCCCACGAAGCUCCAGCUCAGAAUCCGUGGAUGCUCUGCUUUCCUACUCCGUCCUGUCCCCAGAAAUGAAAGAGGCCAUUGAGAGUGUCAAGUACAUUGCGGAAAACAUGAAGGCCCAGAAUGAAGCCAAGGAGAUUCAAGAUGACUGGAAAUAUGUUGCUAUGGUCAUCGAUCGCAUUUUCCUGUGGGUUUUCAUUCUGGUUUGUAUUUUAGGAACAGCAGGGCUGUUCUUGCAACCUUUGAUGACUGGAGAUGAAAUAUAGGCACAGGAUGACAUCUGUCAAGAAAGCUACUCUGAAACUCCCCAACAGAGCUUGCCCUGCUGUGGUCCUAUUGUUCAAGAGCCCACUCUGUCCUCCAUCUUUCUUUAAGGAAUGCACGUCUCCCUGGGUACCACUGCAGUCCACGCACUUCCUUUGUUACUGAUGUAGUCAACUUUGUUCCUUAACUUAACUCACCCAACACUUUCUGCUAAGAAAAACACUCAGGCUCAGGGAUGCACCAAGCAACAAGUGAAUGGAUGGAUGACCACAUUUGUCCCUUAUAAUGGUGUGGAUAGCCAAAGUUUGUGAGUGAUGCCAUAGGAGGAUGCUAGCCAAUAAAAAUGGGAAAGCCGCUUUCUUCUCUGUGGUAACCAUGGAUAUUCAGCAUCAUUCAGUUCCGCAAACUUUCAUUGAGUGUCAGACGUUUAGGAUCCAAGGAUGAAGAUUCAGUUCCCUUCUCUUUUGGUAAGGGGCCAUGUAAGCAAUGGAUUAGAGAGAGAUACCUGGAAGGGUCCUAGGUAAUCACUGAAAUCUCCUUGGAAUUCAAUCCUCUUGUUUUACAGAUGGGGAAACUAAGGCCCCCAAAGAUUAAACAACUCACCCAAGGUAACACAGCCCAUCCAGAAUUUGAACAGAGGUCUUUUGUCUCCAAAUCCAUUGUGAUAGGAACAGAAGAGAUCUAGACUGACAGAAGAAAUUUGUGAAGGGGAAGUUCACUGUCUCUUGGCAGUAGGAGGAGAAAGCCAGGGAAGGCUUCAUGGAGGAGAUAAAGGAGCAUCUUUGGGAUACUUUAAUGAUUAAGAGAGAAUAGCUAAAGAGGAAACCCUGAGAGAGUUUGGAGGCAUUUGGAGAGAAUCAGGCUUGUGAUUUCUUUUGUAUAGCUAGACAGCAGGGUAGCAAAGUGUAAGAAGACAGGAUUUGGAGUCAAGAAGACCUGGGUUCAAAUUUGAAAUCAAACACAUGCUAGCUGUGUGACCCUAGGCAAGUCACUUAACCUCUGCCUCAGUUUCCUCAUCUAUAAAAUGGGGAUGAUAAAGUACCUACUUCCAGAAUUAUUGUGAGGAUCAAAUGAGAUCACUUGUACAGGGCUUUGCAAAACUUAUAGCACUGUAUAAUUAUAUGAUAAUAAUAGCAAUUAUUUUGAUUAAGAACUUCUGGUGAGGGGGCAGCUAGGUGGUUCAGGCAUUUGAAAGCCAGACAUAGAGAUGGAAGAUCCUAGGUUCAAAUCUGACCUGACACUUCCUAGUUAUUUGACCUUGGACAAGUCACUUAACCCCCUUAUAAGGUCUCCUGCCUUGGAACCAGUACACAGUAUUGAUUCUAAGAUGGAAGAUAAGGGUUUUAGAAAAGAAAAAAAAUUUCUGGUGAGGAAACUUUUCUGCCUAAAGAGAGAAGACCUGCUUGCCAAUAUUUAUUCCAGUAACUUACAGUCUUAUAAAAGUUUAUUUCUUCUUUUACAGAUUUUUGUCAUUUCUCCUUCCCACUGCCCUCUUGCCAUUAAAUAAUAAACAAACAAAACAAAUUUCCCUGAAGCACCAAGGUUGAAUGACUUGUCCGGGGUCACCUAGGUGGUAUCAGAAGCUGUCCAGAGACCAGGGAGGUUACCUGGGAAAAGGGUUCAACCUAGUCAAAGGAUAUGAGUUCAGGUCUUGCCACUUCUAUCAUUUUCCUCUGUAAAGUAGGGGAUUUUGAUAAGAUGACCUCUGUGGUCUUUCAGCUCUGAUUUAAAAUAGAGGAAACAUUUGGUGGGAUAAGAAAUGAGUACAGAUCCCCUUACUAUUCACUGUUAUCAACCAGGUAGCCAAUGCAACAACAUAUUCCAGCCCUUAGGUCUACAAACACAAAGUAUGAACCCAUGCCUGCCCUCAGAGAGCCUACAUUUUAUGUGGGAGCCUUCUAAGUGAGAACUGUUGUAUAUGGAAAUUCCCAUCCAUGAAUCAGAUCAAAUUGGGGGCAAUUAUUCAGUUCCCCAAGAGAUCUAAUCAAUUCACCAAGCAUUGACUGAGCACCUCAUGUGUGCACUUGGAAAAGGUUUCAUCUUAGAAUUCUUUUCUGUAAAUGACUUAUAAGCUUAUUUAGAAAAAGAUUUUCUCCACAGACACUCCAUCCACCCAAGAAGUUUCAGGAAUUUCCCUUUUGUCAAGAGUGGGGUUAGACAGUGCUUUCCUUACACAAACCCUUUCCUAUCAAAAAUUAAAAAGUUCUUAAUUGCCUUUAGGCUAAACCGUUCUCGGAGGACAGGGGUUCUUGAUCUGAGCCAGGUGGAGACACUUCAGAGGAUCCUCAAACUAGGAUGGGGGAAAAAAAGUUACAUCUUUAUUUUUGCUUACCUCACAUUGAAAUGUAGCAAUUCCUUCUAUUACUUAAAAGCAGGGUUCUUGGAAGUAGUCCAUAGGCUUCACUAGAUUGCCUCAGGGAUCCAUGACACUCAUGGCCCCAAAAAAGGUCAAGAACCCCUACAGUAGGGAGAGCUUUAUGGCUUCCCAUCAUACCCAGAACUGUCAAAUCUAUCAGGAUUCACUGACCUCUAGAGAAGUCGCUUCACAUCAGGAGAAAAUGCCAUCUAGUAUUUUUAUCAAAAGGUGAGCCUGGCCCUGUUGGAAAUCCUCCUAGACCUCCAUGUUGACUCUAAAGAGAGCACUAAUGGUCCAGAAAGAUCAGAGGAAUCUUCUCUUUCAAUUCAGCAUAAAAGUCUGUUUUCUUGUGCACAAAUAAAACAUGCAGAACUACAGAAAA